AUGCCAUUCGGACGUGGAGCACCCGCGGCUCCCGUGUCAGCCGUUUCCGAGACUGUAUCACAAUGGGGUACAACGACGGGCAUGAAGCCGGAGAGCCUGGACGAUCUGCCAGGCGAUCUGAGAGCUCUUCGGAUAGAUUGGAGGAUCGCAGCCAUUUCACAGUGGAUGUGCCUCUUCGGCAAGCCUCUCGCACAGGGCGCAUGGGAUGUCAACAAAUUCGAGUUGGACCUCAUCGGCGUCGAACCAGACUCAAUCUGCCCGAGCUUGCUCGCCAGUCUCUUGCUCACCCUCACAGGCGAUCGGCACGUCACUGUCGCUACGCACGCUGCUAAAUUGCAACAGCAGUACCUCAGGCGCAGUCCAGAGGUCUACAGACGUCUCCUCGCUACUGUCUCUACCCGGCUGGAGCCCGUCUAUGAUGAGGAUGCCGAGCAAGCCGCUCUACUCGGUCAGGACAAGCUCGACAACGCCCAGACCGAUCACGAUGCUCCAGAGCAGUCCAAUGCAGCCGUACAACCUACUACAGACUCUUCCACAGCUGUCAAUGCUGACGCGACGGUGGAAAGAGAGAUGGUGGAGGUAGAGGUCGUGACGCCGCGUGCUUGGAGUGAUCUGGACAUGUUCGAGAAGAUUGAAGUCAUCUACCAGCUCUGUCAAUGGCAUUUCGUCGACCCAGAUCGAUUCCGUAAGAUGAUCAACGUUGAUGCUGCCGAGGAGAUGACCUGGCGCGUCGAACCUGUCGGAUGGGAUGCCGACUCGAAUACCUACUGGCUCUUUGAUGAUAAUCGCUUGUGGAUUCAACGCUAUCGUCCCCUGAAACCUUGGAGGACUCCUACCCGGCCAGUCAGGGCUGACAGAGUUCGCACGGCCGGCUCUAUCAAGAAGUCUGCUUCAAAGCCAGCCAAAUCAAGAAAUGCACCAAGAACAAAUGGCAAAAUCAAGACUGCCACUAAGAAGUCAACGAGAGCCCUUCCAAAGCCUCUCGCAGAAUCAUCAUCGAGGAGCAGAUCCCAAGCCAAACGACCGAGGAAAGGCUAUGUAACUUCUGCUAGUGAAGACGAAUCAUCACUUGAACCUCCGGCAAAGCCCGAGCAGAUCCUCCUCACAGAAACCGGUAGACCGAUGCGCAAUGCCGCAGUCACCCAGGCCAGACCUCCGCCACGGAUACGGCAAUGGACAGCGCAGUCUUCGGCCUGGGAUGCGCUCAAGCAACCGCUGCCACCACGAUCAACGCGUACCGCUCGAGCUUCUCUCACCAGCAUCGACGAAUCAGCCAGAGCUUCCCCACUUGCAAAGUCAAAGCCAAAAAAACCUGUCGUUCGAGGCGUCAGAGCAUCCAGAAGGGGUAGAGGAGCGCCUGACGAAGACGAAUGGCAACAGCCUCCGAAGGAGUGGCUAGAAGAUACUCAGGUUGUCACAUCUGUGAGGAAACCCAAAGUCGAGCUCGUCGAUGCCAACACGGAAGACGAGGAAUUCUUGGCCGAAGUAGCUGCUGCGAAUGCUCGGCUGGAGGACGUUGACGAUGAUUACGAUCCGACUGCUAAGCCUGUCAAGCGCGCCUCUGCCGGUGUCGAGGAGGAUCAGGAUGAGGACGAUGAAGAGGAUGAUGACGAUGAUGUGAAGCCAGCGAAGAGGCGGAAGCGUGCAAGCGUACCAAGAAAGAAGACUUCUAGACGGUCAUCCGGGCGCGUGAAGCAGGCUCGUUCGCCCGUCAAAGUCGUCGAGGACGACUCGGACGAGCUCGAAGAGGAGGACGAAGUAGAACCUGUCUCGGUCUCACCGCCACCUGCGGUCAGCUUUGGCGCGCGAGCGAGCCGAAGCAGGGCGGCAGCGGCGGCCAAGCCUCAGAGGAAGGCUGUCACGCCUGAGCAAUCAAGUGAGGACGACGAAGCGUCGGCUGCUGCUGAUGAGGAAGAAGAUGACGAGAAGGUGGAGGAAGAAGAUGUAGAUGAGGAGCAAGAACAAGGCAGUGAUGACGAUGACCAGGAAGAAGUCGAAUCCGAGGAGGACACGCCAGAGCCUGAAUACGUACCGACGCCCGAUCCCGAAUAUGUCAAGAUGCCAGCUAAUUUUAUAGAGUGGGAAGCGAUCUGUGUGACGCUUGAACAGUGGGAGACAGUGCUGUCGCGCUUUACAAAGCCCAAGCAUCUCGACGAGCGCGCGCUGAUCAAGCAUUUGCGUGACGAAGUUUUGCCCCCGAUCUUGCUUGACCUGCGCGAGAAGGAGAGGCUAAAGAAGAAGGAAGAAGCUAUCGCCAACCGCAAACGCUCUUCUCGCAUUCUCGUCAAGGAAGCAGAAAUGGAGCAAAAGCGCGCUCAGCAAGCAGCGCAGCAGGCUCUGAUGGCUCGUAUGGAAAGCAGCCAGCGUGCUGAAGGCAACCGCGCCGAUGGCAGCAAACCUACGCGCGAAGAGGAGCCCACCCGAGAGGCCCGUCUGAAGGAACGCGAUGCAAGAAAGAGAGAGAGGGAAGAACGUCUUUUGCAACGCGAAGUCGAAGCUGUACAGGAAGCCGAGCGGCGUGCCGAGCGAGAGAAGGAACGCGAGGAAGCGAAAGCGAGAGGGGAGCCAUUGCCGCAAGACAGUGACUCAGCCACACCCCAGUCCGAAUCGUGGUACCUCGAUUGCGAGAUCUGCGGCAAAGCUGGCCAAAACCUUGAUGAUGGCAAGCAAAUCAUUGCUUGUGACAAGUGCGGCGUGUGGCAACAUGCGACUUGCUGGGAUCGUAAUGACGCUGCGCUGAAGCGUGCUCGACGGAACUGGUCGACAGAAGAUUUUCUGUGUAGUCGCUGCUCAGGCACGGCGCUCUCACUUGCAUCGCCCAUGCCAAGCGCUCGUAACACGCCGGUACCAGAAGCAGCGACCAAGACACACGCUGCUGCGCGAUCACUGCUGCAGACUUCAUUUGAUCCACCGACAUCUGCUUUGGGCCGCAACACUGCGCCUGCUGCCAAGAUCAGGAUACCUGCACAUACAAGCGAUGUCAGACGUCACUCCUCAAUUGUCUCGAUGGCUCCGCAGCACGCGCCGGCCCACUCUUAUGCGCCCGUCUAUGCACCAGGCUAUAGUCAAGCGCCUGUGCAUGGCCAGUAUAGCAAUGGUCCGAUGUACAGCAAUCAGGCAGCUCAUGCGCCCAUGUACAGUGCCGCGCCUGCCAGCUCGGUACCGUAUAGUAACGCUCAAUCGCACGAGUCAACCUAUAGUGCUGCGCCCGCACAAACACCCACCCACAGCUAUGCGGCGCCGAUACCGCCUCAUAAUGCAGAGGCACAAGCGAGGCUCUUUGCGCAGCAGCGCGCAUUCGCCCAAGCUCAUCUCGUCCGACAGCAGGCGCAGCCGCAGCUUUCCCGACCGCAAUACAGCUAUCCUCCUCAGUCGCCAGGGAUAUCCAGUCCUAGCUUCUCGCCUGCUGUGCAGGCUCCACAGCAGUAUUCACCGAUACAGCGCUCACCGCAGGAGAACGCUCAGCAGUCUACCCUUUCGGUGCAGCGACAGACGCCUAUAUCCCAACCGGCAUACGGUCACGCUGGCGCGGUACCUGUGGCCUUCCAGAGCGGCGUCGCCGGCCAGUAUGUCCCGCUCGAUGCUCAGGGAAAGCCCCUUGGACGCCAAGAAAACGCAGUCAGCGAGCAACGCUAG